ACCUAGGGUCUCGUCAGUUAAUGUGUUCUCCCCUCAGGCGAUCUACUGCACCAGCUGUUUCUGUAGCCCUUCUCCAGGUAAUUGCUGCCUGGGGGGCACCCGAAGAGAUCCAGACCGAUGGAGGGCCACCGUUCACCAGUAAAGCUAUAGACCAGACGGUGUCCCAGUGGGGGGUGCGUCUUCACACCCACCUGCCAUAUCACCCCCAAAGCAACGGAGUCGUAGAGAGACGGAUCGGAAUGCUGAAGACCCAGAUUCGGGCCAUACUUAGCACCCCUGAUUACAAGGGGUGGGACCGGGUCCUGCCUCAAGCCCUCAUUUCCCUUAAUACAGCAUACAGCCGAUGGCCAGAAAUUGCUCCUAAACCACGGGAACCUUGGAAACCUGCCUAUAGUAUUUCUCAGCCAGUGUGGGUCUCUAUUCCCAAUGCCCAGGGAACCUGCACUCCACUAGCAGCCACCAUCAUCACACCUGGCCGGUUCCCUAACACCUAUCAUAUUCAAAUAGAUGGACGGGGCAAGCCUGACCUGGUCCACCACAACUGGCUUAGUGUUCAGUCAUAACAGGCCCUAGAUGGGCCACUUUUCUUUUAUGUCUCCAUAGGAAUCAGUCGCCAUGAUUGCCGCCCCGCCUCGAGAAAACCCCCUGGUUGCCUGGUUGAGAGCCUACGCCCUACAGGAGGUCCUCAUCGGGAACCUGUCAGAUGUCCCCCCAUCACACGAUUGUGUUGCCUGUACAAGACCAAAGGCCUCAGAGGGAGGGUCCCCCUUCCUCUGGGAGUUCCUCCCCCUCACGAACCUGACUCCACAGCAUCCAGCUUCAGCCUGCAACAACACAGACUGGGUUCAUCGGCCUCUGUUCACGUGCAACACCACCAGCGACGACCGAAGACCCAACUCAUUCGCCCCUGUUGCGGUGACAGGACCACUCCCAGCAGCCCCCUGCAUCGUGUUCUUUGGCUUCUCCAAUCCCACUCCGUUGGGGCAGUAUCCCAAUUGCACCCAGUGGUUCAUAGGACCUCGGCCUAACUCAAACCCCAAGAAAGGAAGCUCAAGAUACCGCACUGAGUUCACCAGGUUUAUUAAUCAUCUUUCAACAAGACAAGUGUGGCUCUGUGGGAACAACAUUGCCCGGACUGCUCUACCCGCAUUCCCAAAGGGGGUAUGUGCCAUCAGGCAACUCGUCAUAAAGGGAGGAGGGCUCUUUCACCACCGUCGCCCCUUCUUCUCCUCACCACGCAAACGACGAACAGCCACCGCAUGGGAGCGACUCAAGUCAGCCACCGAGAUGGUCAUAGGAGGGUACAUACAGUUUAACCCCCUCUCAUACAGUUUAACUUUACAGCAAAUCCGUGGACUGUCGCUUGGUCUGGAAGCCCUCACCAACAUCACAGCAGAAGGACUUCGUCGAACCAGCGACGCCCUCACUAUCCUAGCCAACUACGCCGAGCAGAACCGUCUUCUGAUCCAGACCAUCCUACAGAAGGACUUUUGUGUCGCCUUGGAGGACCUCAAUCCUCGCUUUAAAGGACAAUGUUGCCUGCGCCUUCAGCCUGGGUGGAACAAUGUCUCAGCCGUGGCUGACCAACUAUCCUCCCUCGCCGUCCAGAUUCGUAAAGAGCAGCUCACAAAAGCAACUGGAUUGAUAGCCUUGGAAAUUGUAGUCCUCUGUCAUCAGAAACAGUGCAUCAUGGGCAGCAGCCAUGAAUUCUUACUGCAUGGGCCAUGA